AUGCAACCGUUAGAUUUGGAUAAACUGGUAAUCUUUAGCUCAUGUGUUCUUAAUGGCCACCGCAGCUUUUGCGCCACCGCACCACGGCCGCCGCCGUUGCUCGCCGUCAAAUUUUACUUCACCACGAAUAUCAGAAACAUGCUUUUUCAGCUGCAAUCCAGCAGCGCCCUCAUUCUUUCGGGCCACAAUCGGCCCUAUGAAAACCGCUCACGGCCCGCUGACCAACUGUGCCCCGUCUCCUUCAUCCGCUUCGCCGGAAGUCAGUGCUCCCACGGCGGAGUCAUGUAUCAACUUGGGUCUUUCCCUUUUCGCCAAAGGACGGGUAAUUCAACCUUUUUAAUUAUCAGAUUGCGGCACUAUGGAGGAAGAUUAGGAAUGGCAAUUGUGAAAUUAGCUGCUCUGCAUUCAGCUUAUGACCAUUUUUUUAUUGUUUGUUUAGUUUAUCGAGUCAGAGAUGCGCUUGCACAGUUUGAUACUGCUCUUACUUUGGAUCCCAACUUUUUGGAGGCUCAAGCUGCCCUUUAUAACAAAGCCUGUUGUCAUGCGUAUAGGGAGGAAGGAAAGAAAGCUGCUGACUGUUUACGAACAGCUUUGAGAGAAUAUGGUCUCAAGUUCAGCACCAUUCUGAAUGAUCCCGAUUUGGCCUCAUUUAGAGCAACACCCGAGUUCAAAGAGUUGCAAGAAGAGGCUGUAUUGGGUGGAGAAGACAUAGGAUCAAGCUUCCGGAGAGAUCUUAAACUGAUUAGCGAGGUCCAAGCGCCUUUUCGUGGAAUUCGGAGAUUUUUCUAUGUCGCAUUCACAGCUGCUGCUGGAAUUUCAUUGUUAUUCACUAUUCCUAGGCUGCUCCGUGCAGUCCACGGUGGCGAAGGAGCUCCCGACCUAUUGGAGACUGCGGGAAAUGCAGGAAUCAAUAUUGGAGGUAUUGUUGUUCUCGUGGCUUUGUUCUUUUGGGACAACAAGAAAGAAGAGGAACAGCUAACUCAAAUUACAAGGAAUGAAACUUUAUCUCGGCUACCUUUACGCCUUUCGACUAACAGGAUUGUGGAGCUUGUGCAGUUAAGGGACACAGCAAGGCCUGGAAUGCCUGAUUGGUCAGAAAUUGUGAAGGAGAUUCCUCCAAUGGAAGCAUUUUUGAGCAAGCUAGAAAGAUAG